AAAGAUGGGAUUUUGGGCAUAAACAUGUAGAGAUUGGUCGAAAGAAGAAUGAAGAAGGUCCACCAACAACGAAGCAAUAAUGUGGCAAAGCACAUUUAGCAAUGUUGGUGGGUCUCAAAUGAUUGGAUUUGGAGAAGAGUUUCUAAUUUAAGGAAUAUUAAUCUCUUUGGAAAAAUUACAGUUAAAAAAUGGAGAGCAGUAGAGAAAACAACAGCUAUAAUAAUGAUUAUGAGAGACGAGUGAUUUUCAAAGAAGAUUCAUGGUUUAGGCAAUGGUUUAGUCAAUUCAGAAAUGGGUCAAAUCCUUGGAUGGCUAGAUAUGUUUACGCUCUCAUGUUCUUGGUGGCAAACUUGCUGGCAUGGGCUGCAAGGGAUUAUGGCAGAAGUGCCCUCACUGAGAUGGAAAGAUUAAAAGGAUGUGAAGGUGGGAGAGACUGUUUGGGUGCUCAAGGCGUUUUGCGUGUGAGCUUGGGUUGCUUUACAUUCUAUAUCACUAUGUUUUUAACAACAGUUGGUACAUCAAAGUUGAGUGAGCGCAGAAAUACAUGGCAAUCUGGAUGGUGGUCUGUUAAAAUUGUCCUCUGGGUUGUUUUCACAAUCAUUCCCUUCUUACUUCCUUCUACCAUUAUUCAGCUCUAUGGGCAGAUUGCACACUUUGGUGCCGGGGUAUUUCUCCUAAUUCAGCUUAUAAGCGUAAUCAGUUUCAUUACAUGGCUUAAUGAUUGUUGUCAGUCAGACAAGAAUGCAGAAAGAUGCCAAAUACACGUGAUGUUACUUGCGACGGUUGCGUACGUCGUAUGCAUAGUGGGGAUCAUCAUGAUGUACAUUUGGUAUGCACCCGAACCAUCUUGUCUCCUCAACAUUUUCUUCAUUACAUGGACACUUGUGCUGCUCCAACUUAUGACCAGCGUUUCUCUCCACCCGAAAGUGAAUGCUGGCAUCUUGACUCCAGGACUCAUGGGUCUCUAUGUGGUAUUCAUCUGCUGGUGUGCCAUUAGAAGUGAACCAGCUGGGGAAAAUUGCAUCAGGAAGGCAACAGUUCCAACUAAAACAGAUUGGCUUACCAUCAUAAGCUUUAUUAUUGCCAUACUUGCAAUGGUCAUAGCAACGUUUUCAACAGGAAUAGAUUCUCAGUGUUUCCAGUUCAGGAAAGGCGAAACGCGUUCAGAGGAUGAUGUUCCAUAUGGUUAUGGCUUUUUCCAUUUUGUUUUUGCUACCGGAGCUAUGUAUUUUGCCAUGCUCUUGAUUAGCUGGAAUCCCCACCAUACCAUGAAAAGAUGGACAAUUGAUGUGGGGUGGACAAGCACUUGGGUCAGAAUAGUGAACGAAUGGCUUGCCGUCUGUGUAUAUUUAUGGAUGCUUGUGGCUCCUGUAAUAUGGAAGUGCAGACAAAACAGCUGAAUCCGUAUAAAGCCCAAAGGAAUAAAAACUUGUCUUCUUUUUCUCCAUUGCCUUGUUCAUUUCUCUUCCACUUAUGAAUCCAACACGACCAAAAUGUGUUAUGAUACGACUCGGGGACAAGAGCAACUCCUGACUUGUAAUACUAUCAGAAAGAAGAUCUCCAGGCUUCAGCUGGGUCGUGACAAAAAGAGUUCAAAGAACAAGAUUCAUACACAAAAUUAUACGGUACUUGGAAGAUGAAUGUCGUCAUUUGUAUACAUCAGUGAGAGA